AUGCAAAGCAAUGAAAAUAGAUGUAGGGAGCAGGAGGAUAGAUACAAGGUGCCAUUGGGAGAUGAAAUCCUUCAAGAAACAGAAAAAGAGAAAGCUUUGAGGGUUGAUUUCACGCCGGACCUGCCCACUGAAGCCCGCAACAAAAGGAUAUCAGUCGCGACAUAUGUCAUGGCCAACGUAAAAACUGACUUUAGAAACUUGUUGUAUAUAAACUCGGAUAAGCCAAGUCCCGGCACGAGUCGUACAACAUACGCCAAGAUGAAGUUCGUGAUCCUCGCUGCCGCCGUCGCCGCCGUGGCCUUCGCUGCCCCUAAAGCCAACCACCUGGCUGCCCCCGAAGCCUCCGCCCCGGCUGCCCCCGAAGCCUCCGCCCCGGCUGCUCCCGAAGCCCCCGCCCCGCCUGCACCCAGUACCACAUUUGUGCCCAUCCUUAAGGACGAUCGAACAAAUGACAACGAAGGAACGUUUACCGUCGACGUGAAGACUGGCAACGGUAUCUCCCUGGCCAGGUCUGGCUCUCCCACCGGUACUAACGGCUCUGUGGUCCAGACUGGACAAUAUGCCUACACUUCUCCUGACGGCACACCAGUUAGUGUGAAGUUCGUCGCCGACGAGAACGGCUUCCAGCCCCAGUCUGACCUGCUGCCAGUGGCUCCUGCCUUCCCCCACCCAAUCCCCCAGUUCGUGCUGGACCAGAUCGCCUUUGCUGCUGCAGCUCCUGCUGCUCCUGCAGCUCCUGCUGCUCCUGCAGCUCCUGCUGCUCCUGCAGCUCUUGCUGCUACCCUCAUCUAGGUUCCUGAAGAAAGAAGUCCUCCUCAGGCCUAGAACUUGUUCUAGUCUCAGUAGUUGGUGCUCCUGGUACUGCCGCUACAGCAUCUGCUGCUUCUCUUGCUGCAGCUACAACGUCUGCUGCUGCUGCUACUGCUGCCGCUACAGCGUCCGUUUUUGCUGCUUGGGUUUUCCCAUCUGAGAAGGCAGUGUUAGAAACUCUAACCUAAGGGCUGUACUUGUAUUAUUGUUUCAUUAAAUUAUUGAGUGAAAGGUAGAAAAUGCAAAAUAAAAUCAUAAUGCUCAGAA